AUGAGCUCGAAAGAAAGCUGCAGAAGCGAACUUCGCAUCGCAAUUCGACAACUCAGCGAUCGCUGUCUCUAUUCCGCUACCAAAUGGGCUUCGGAACAAUUGGUAGGGAUCGAGCAAGAUCCAUCCAAGUUCACUCCUUCCUAUACCAGGUUUCAGCGUGGAAGCUCAAGUAUUCGCCGCAAGUUCAGAACUCAUGAGGUCACCGCUACGCCCCCUGCCGGUGUUUCCUAUGUUGUUACGCCUGUUAUGGAAGAGGAUGCGCUUGUUGACACUGAUUUUUACCUUUUGGCUAAAUCUUACUUCGAUUGCCGUGAGUAUAAGAGAGCUGCUCAUGUUCUUCGGGAUCAAAUUGGACGCAAAUCCCUUUUCUUGCGAUGCUAUGCUCUCUAUCUGGCGGGAGAAAAGCGAAAAGAGGAAGAGAUGAUAGAACUAGAGGGACCUCUGGGUAAGAGUAAUGCCGGGAAUCAGGAAUUAGUUUCUUUAGAGAAGGAGUUAUCUACACUUCGCAAGAAUGGCACAAUUGAUCCCUUUUGUUUAUACUUAUAUGGUAUUAUACUGAAACAGAAAGGCAAUGAAAAUUUGGCACGGACAGUUCUUGUGGAAUCUGUAUAUAGCUACCCUUGGAACUGGAAUGCCUGGACUGAGCUGCAAUCCUUAUGCAAUUCAGUUGAUACCUUGAACAGUCUUACUCUUAGUAGUCAUUGGAUGAAGGAAUUUUUUCUUGCCGGUGUAUACCAAGAGUUAAGGAUGCAUAGUGAGUCUAUGUUAAAAUAUGAAUACCUACUUGGAACUUUUAGUUUUAGUAAUUACAUCCAAGCCCAAAUUGCUAAAGUCCAGUACAGUUUGAAAGAAUUUGAUCAAGUUGAAGCUAUAUUUGAAGAACUGCAGAGGAAUGAUCCUUACAGAGUGGAAGACAUGGAUAUGUACUCCAAUGUGCUAUAUUCUAAGGAAUGCUUUUCUGCUUUGAGUUACCUUGCCCAUAGAGUAUUCCUGACUGAUAAAUAUAGACCUGAAUCUUGUUGUAUUAUUGGAAAUUAUUACAGUUUAAAGGGGCAACAUGAAAAAGCAGUUGUAUAUUUUAAGAGAGCCCUUAAACUGAACAAAAAUUAUCUCUCUGCUUGGACACUUAUGGGUCAUGAAUUUGUAGAGAUGAAAAAUACUCCUGCUGCUGUGGAUGCCUAUCGUCGGGCUGUUGAUGGAUUUGUCAAUCAACAUCGGAUCCCGAAUAAUUCUGGCACAAUGUCGGAUGAGCAAUCUCUAGGGAAGGAAGAACCUGAGCUGAUUAAAAAUCUCCGUGCGGCAAUGAUCUCUCUUCAGAACCUUCUGACUAGCAAUCCAAACUUAGCAUCCAUAUUUUCUAAUAAAAACAAGUUGCUACCUCUUUUUGAAUGUUUUUCGGUGGCCGAAGCAUCAGACAGUAACAUUCUUCAACUUUGCCUUGCAGUGUUGUCACUCUUGACAGCACAUGCUCCCUGCUUGCAAGCCAUGGUUGCAGAUGGAUCUAGUCUUCUGCUUUUAUUGCAAAUGCUUCACUCAGCUCCCAGUUGUCGUGAAGGGUCUCUCCAUGUUCUCUAUGCAUUGGCAACCACACCAGAACUGGCCUGGGCAGCUGCUAAGCACGGCGGGGUUUCUUUACAUUCUUGA